AUUGGCGCCGCGGUGACAUUCAUUUAUUAAUAUACGCUCUCUUCGUCCGGGUUACUGUCAGGGAUCUAUAGAAGAUAGAACACAUCUUCGUCUGCUGUUCAAGUUCCCUACAGCUCUACCUCCUUCAUGCCUUCUUCGUCGCCCUUCCCUCCCAUCGAUAUCCCCAAUGUCGGCCUGUGGAGUUUUAUCUUCGAAAGGAAGGAUAGGCCGUAUCCAGAUGAUAAAGUGAUCUUCCGAGAUGCCGACACGCAGAGAUUUUACACGUACCAAGAUGUGAAAGAAGCAACCCUGACAUUCGGCAAAGGGCUCAAAGCCGUCUUCGGGUGGAAGAAGGGGGAUGUCUUGGCCCUCUUUACGCCCAAUUGUAUCGAUACACCCAUCGUGAUGUGGGGGGCAAACUGGGCAGGAGGCGUGGUGUCCCCUGCAAACCCUUCGUACACGACAGAGGAAUUGGCGUUCCAGUUGAAGAACUCCGGCGCCAAGGUGCUGGUCACACAAGUCCCAUUUCUGGGAGUUGCCGUACAAGCAGCGCAGAAGGCGGGAAUCCCGCACGAUCGUAUUAUCCUGAUUGGAGACCAGCAUGAUCCGAAGGCGAGGUUCAAGCAUUUUACCUCCAUCAGGAAUAUUUCAGGAACAGCGCGAUUUAAAAGGACGAAAGUCGAUCCCGCCACAGAUCUUGCAUUCCUCGUCUACUCCUCUGGAACGACCGGUGUGCCGAAAGGUGUCCGUCUGUCGCAUAGGAAUAUCGUUGCCAACAUCCUGCAGGGUUUGGCGCCGGAAGGGAAUAUGUUAUCCUGGAGCGGUGGUCAUGAUGGCAAGGGUGACCGGAUACUGGCCUUUCUGCCAUUUUAUCACAUCUAUGGCCUAACCUGUUUGGUGCAUGCGGCAAUAUACCGUGGACUGGAACUGAUCGUGAUGGCCAAGUUCGAUCUCGAAAAAUUCUGCGCACACAUUCAAAACUACAAGAUUGCCUUCGCCUUCGUCGUGCCACCAGUAGUAUUACAUCUGAGCAAGCACCCGGUGGUGUCAAAAUACGACCUCUCUAGUGUCCGCAUGAUGAAUUCUGGCGCAGCACCGCUCACACACGAGCUCGUCGAGGCGGUAUACAGCCGGUUGAAGAUACCCGUGAAGCAGGGCUAUGGACUCAGCGAGACCAGCCCGACAACACACACACAGGGAUGGGACGAAUGGCGUUCUCACAUCGGCUCCGUGGGUAAGCUGCUGCCCAACAUGGAAGCAAAGUAUAUGAGCAUGCCUGAGGACGGGUCAGAACCGCAUGAGUUGGCCGCGGGUGAGGUGGGAGAAUUGCACCUGCGCGGACCCAACAUUUUCCUGGGCUACCACAAUAACCAGGAGGCAACGAUGGAUUGUCUCACGCCCGACGGAUGGUUCAGGACCGGUGACGUCGGGUACCAGGAUAAGGAUGGGAAUUUCUUCAUCACCGACCGCGUCAAGGAGCUGAUCAAGUACAAAGGAUUCCAGGUGCCACCUGCGGAGCUCGAGGGGAUCUUGGUGAAUAAUGAGGCUAUCGAUGACGCGGCUGUGGUUGGGAUCCAUAGCGAUGCUCACGGCAGCGAAGUGCCUCUUGCGUUUGUGGUGCGUAGCGCGACGAGCAAGGAUUCUGGUCGCAGCGAGGAGGAUGAAGCAGCACAUAUCAUCAACUGGUUAGACGGACAAGUUGCACCCCACAAGCGUCUACGCGGAGGAGUGAGGUUUGUCGACGCUAUUCCCAAGAGUCCCAGCGGAAAGAUCCUGCGACGAUUCCUGAAGAAGAAGGCCAUGGAUGCGAGCCAGGUUAAGGCGAAGCUGUGAAUUUGCACUUGCAUGUAAAUACCUGGAGUAAAUGAAUCAGCCAUAGUAGAGAUGAAUGCCUGUAUGGACAGAGUUUACUACCUGAUUUUCUGCUGCAGCCCCAGCUCAUAGCCUAGAGGCUCCUCUUCGAAACAUGAUGUCACUUAACCGGUCAAUAUAAAAGAUAGGGAUGUGAGAAUAUAC